UUGAGGCUUUAAUUGAUUUCAUUUUUUCAUCUAUACAAACUGCAUUUUGAAAUAUUUGUGUCUGUAUAUUAGGAGUUGGGUGACUCAAAAUGGCAAAUGAAAAUUACACUGUAAAAAAUGUAGACAGCUUUAUAAUCACUGGAUUUGAUCACCUGCAGAACCAAAAGCUCCUUGGAUUCCUCAUCUUAAUAACCUACAUGCUCAUAUUUCUUGGAAACAGCAUCAAUCUGUGUAUCAUCUUGACUGACAGACAUUUACACAAACCAAUGUACAUAUUAAUCUGUAAUCUAGCUGUUGUUGACAUAAUGUUCUCCUCAACCUGCAGCACAACUAUGAUCUCAGUGCUGCUGGCUGAGAUUAAAACUGUCUCAUACUACUCUUGUAUUUCAAGGACGUACUUCUAUCAUCUUGGUGAUUUCACAGAGUGCAUGGCUCUGACAUUAAUGGCAAUUGACCGACUUAUUGCAAUUCGGCUUCCUUUAAGGUAUCACAGCAUUGUAACAAAUUCACGAAUCCUUCUGCUUAUUUUUGUGACCUGGAUCGCUGGUUUUGCUGUUAUGGGUUUUGUGAUAUCAGUGGUAGACAAUGUCCCAUACUGUCAGCCUGUCAUCAGAUAUGUGUUUUGUGAGUAUGCUUCCAUGAUCAGAGCUGCUUGUGUCAAUCCUGAACCCUAUUUUUUCUUACCUGUAAUGUUAAGUCUGUGGCCAAUGUGUGGACAAUUUCCCUUUAUUAUGUGCACCUAUGGUGUUCUGGCAUAUAGUGUGACUAAACUCUCCAACAACUCAAGCAGAAAGCAAAUGAUUAACACUUGUUUGAGUCACCUCAUUGUCCUGCUCAGUUUUUAUGCACCAAAGCUGGUGUCUAGCUUACUAACUCGAAUAGGAGUUGUGCUAAAUUUAACAGAGCGAAACGCAAUUUUGAUUGUAGCCUCUCUAGUUCCUCCCUUAAUAAACCCCACUGUUUAUUGCACCAGAACUAAAGAGAUCAGGAAACGAUUAGCAGAUAUAUUCUUGCGCAAAAAAAUAGUACCAAAUCAUUUAAAGUCAAUAUCAAUAGCUUUAUCAUCUUAA